CUAAAUAGGGAAGAGAUACUUUGAUAAUAAUGAUGGAAGUAUAGACUUUAAUAAGGCAUGAGAUUUCAAUAAUAAAAAAAUAUUCCUUCAUUCCUCUUUUUCACUUUUUGUCAUUCACCAUUUCACACUUCUAUGCACUUGUGUGUCCCUGUUCCCUAGAAUCUCUCACCCUGUCUCAUGCACACACACACUGAGUGGGAUUCCUUGCUUUUACCUUCAAAUCUCUUCCAAUUAAUCUUUGAUUUUUAUUUUCUCUCCUCUUUUUCCACCAUAAUCCCAUCUCAAUUCCUUUCCAAGGCCCACAAUUUCCAGUUUUUGUGUCUCAACAAACCCUAGUUCUUCUAAAAUUCACAGAUUUUCAAACACCCUUUUCUUGAUUUGGUGCAUAUAUGUUGAUCUUGGGUCAUAUCAUGUUGUAAUUCAGCUUAAAGGGUUGAUUUUCUUGGAGUUUGUUUUUUGGGAUUAUUUGGGAAUUUUGUAAAUUGCUUUAAAGAUUGAUCCUUUUUUGUUAAAUUGAGAACCCCAACAUUCCCAAUUUGGGAUCUUGAAGCUGAAUUUUGGGUUUUGAUUGGUUUUUGAAAGGGGAAUUGGAUAAGAAAGUUUGAAGCUCAAAGUUUGGUGGAUUUUGUUAUAUAUAUAUAUAUAUAUAUAUAUAUAUAUAGGAGUUUUUGAAGGAUAUAAGAAGAUGGAAAGAUACGAGCUUGUGAAGGAUAUAGGGUCUGGGAAUUUUGGUGUUGCAAGGCUCAUGAGGCACAAGGAGACAAAAGAGCUUGUGGCUAUGAAAUACAUUGAGAGAGGACACAAGAUUGAUGAGAAUGUAGCAAGGGAGAUCAUUAAUCAUAAAUCACUUCGACAUCCGAACAUAAUUCGCUUCAAGGAGGUGGUAUUGACUCCAACUCAUCUUGCUAUUGUCAUGGAAUAUGCAGCUGGUGGAGAACUGUUUGAGCGCAUCUGCAAUGCAGGAAGGUUCAGUGAAGAUGAGGCUAGAUACUUUUUCCAGCAGCUUAUUUCAGGAGUCCACUACUGUCACAACCUGCAAAUAUGCCAUAGAGAUCUGAAACUGGAGAAUACCCUUCUUGAUGGAAGUGCAGCUCCACGCUUGAAGAUAUGUGAUUUUGGAUACUCAAAGUCGUCCCUGUUGCAUUCCAGGCCAAAAUCAACUGUUGGGACUCCAGCUUAUAUUGCUCCAGAGGUCCUCUCCAGAAGGGAAUAUGAUGGCAAGCUGGCUGAUGUUUGGUCAUGCGGGGUGACACUUUACGUGAUGCUGGUUGGGGCAUACCCUUUUGAAGACCAGGAGGAUCCGAAGAACUUCAGGAAAACUAUUCAACGAAUAAUGGCGGUACAGUACAAGAUUCCCGACUAUGUUCACAUAUCUCAAGAUUGCAGGCACCUUCUCUCUCGCAUAUUUGUUGCCAAUCCAGCAAGGAGAAUCACAAUCAAAGAAAUCAAGUCACACCCAUGGUUUUUGAAGAAUUUGCCUAGGGAAUUGACAGAAGCAGCACAGGCAGCUUAUUAUAGAAAAGAAAACCCGACAUUUUCGCUUCAGAGUGUGGAGGAGAUCAUGAAAAUUGUGGAAGAGGCAAAGGCCCCUCCUCCAGCUUCCCGUUCAGUCUCAGGUUUUGGCUGGGGAGGUGAAGAAGAAGAAGAGGAGAAGGAAGGAGAUGCAGAAGAAGAAGUGGAUGAGGAGGAGGAAGAAGAAGACGAAUAUGACAAACAAGUGAAACAAGCACAUCAAAGCUUAGGGGAUGUUCGUCUCAGCUAAGUGUAUAUUAUCUUCCUUAUUCGUGGAGAAGUGUGGACACACACAUAGGCCUAUUUAUGUUUCUUUUAGCUUAUAGAAGCUAUGGUAUUUGGCAUUUUAUGGUUGUGUAAAAGUUGUUUCGCGUAGCCCUACAUGCUACAUUAUCCUUUUUGCUUGUAGAAAACUAUAGCUUUUAAAGUGUCAUUGGUUGUGUCGAGACUCUUUUUCUCCCUGUUGUGUGGAACUUAAAAAAGUCUGUAAAUUUCUUGAGUUGUGAGGUAAGGAGGCUUGUGAAUUAUAUUUCCGUAAAGACAAAGGCAUUGGUGUAUUUUAAGUUGGAACUUGAAUGAGCCUGAGUUACUAUUGA